AUGCAAGUGGAUAAGGAAGAAGAAAAGAAGCAGAGACGGAGGGAAAAGGAUAAAGAAAGGAAACAGAAGAAGCUAGCUAGUGAAACACCAGAGGAGAGAUCCAGCAGGCUGAAAGACAUGGCAGAACGUGAGAGGGCGAGAAGAGCCUGCGAAACACCUGAGGAGAGGGUCAAGAGACUAAGAGCCUUGUCGAAACAAGCGAGGGCGAGAAGAGAUGGUGAAACACCUGAGGAGAGAGCCAAGAGACUAAGAGCCUUGUCAGAAAGAGGGAGAGUUAGAAGAGCUGGUGAAACACCUGAGGAUAGGGCCAGAAGACUAAGAGCCUUGUCAGAACGAGGGAGAGUUAGAAGAGCUGGUGAAACACCUGAGGAUAGGGCCAGAAGACUAAAAGCCUUGUCAGAACGAGGUAGAGUUAGAAGAGCUGGUGAAACACCUGAGGAGAGGGCCAGAAGAUUAAGAAACAAUUCAGAACACAAACAAGAGAGGGAAACACCUGAGGAAAUCAACAGAUUAAAGGACAAGUCAAAACGAAGGAGAAGGAAACUAGAUGGCAAAACAUCAGAGGAGAGAGUCAGCAGACUAAGAGACAAUUCAGAACGAAUGAGGAUCAGAAAAGCUGGGUUGACACCAGAGCAGCUACUUUCCAGAUUAAAACAACAAAGAGAUCAUAAACGACAGAAAUUAGCCCAAGAGUCUUCUGAAGAUCGAGCAGUGAGACUUCUCUAUCACUCGGAUCGCUAUCUGAAGCUCCAUCCGGUGUCCCUACCUACUAUGUUACCGUCCAUAGGACAGACGUACUAUACCAGUCAUAGUAAAUCUAAAUCGAAUUACUGA